CUGGUGUUGUUCAGUGUGUUGAGAGGACCCUUCAGGCAAGAGUUCUUACAGUGUGUCAACUUCGGCCCGGACAAAAGUGCCUGGCAGCUACGCCUCUACACCAUCGCUUCCAUGAUGUUCAUGUUUGUCUUACCAUUAGCUGUUAUUGGAACGGCUUACGGCCUUAUCUUGUCGAAGAUAUCACGCAAGUCCAGGGAACAUUCUGUGCUGGAUAAUGUUCACAUGCCGACCAAGAAGUCGUGGCUGGCGCGGUGGAUCAGCUAUAAACAUCAUGUGUGCCUGUCUGUGUGUACCCAGCCGUUGUCUAGACGAACGUGCUUGUUUUGCUAUCCUCUUCACAUUGACAAUUUGUUUUUCUGUCGGUUAGUGUAUGUAUCCA